AUUUUGUUUUUAUUCCUCUUCCCUCCCUCUGUCCCUUCUCUCGUAUCUCCAGCCAACUUCCCAGAUUCGGUGGUGGACAAUCUUCCAGCAGAUAUUAGCACAGGAAUAUAUUAUGGCUGGGCUUGUGUCGGGAAUGGCGAUGUUUACAAAAUGGUGAUGAGCAUCGGCUGGAACCCUUACUACAAAAAUACAAAGAAAUCCAUGGAGACGCACAUCAUUCAUAAGUUUAAAGAAGACUUCUAUGGAGAGAUGCUGAGUGUGGUUAUGGUGGGCUACAUCCGCUCAGAGAAGAGCUAUCCCUCACUUGAGGACCUAAUUGCAGCCAUCAACAGUGACAUUGAGCAGGCCAAGGUUAUGCUGGAUCUCCCAGAGAACAGCAAACUGAAAGAGGACAACUUCUUCACCAGCACCACCAACUCGUCUCCAGUCUCUCCAUCAUCAGCCGCAUCCACGUCUCAGAGCAUCAUCAACGGUCACUGACAGCUGGCAGAGAUGGCAGCGCUUUGUGCUCUGAGCCAAUGAGCACACUUCUUUUGUUUUUUUUGUGUUCAGAUUUCCAGCCUUAAUAUAAAAUCUGUCAGCUGACACGAACAGUUAACUUCUGUCUUUUUUUGUUUUUAUAUUUGGUUGUGUUAGGGCUGUUUACUGGCCUCUGUGCUUUAACUGGACACAGCCUGUUAGACUAUAUUCACAGCACAUUAUCUGGAUCUUCUGUACAUUUUCAAACAUUUAGAGGAGAGGUGAGAGAAAAAUCACUCUUCGAAGAAAACCGUUUUCCAAACGUGAGCUAACGUCACGUACCCAAGUCAACAUCACUGCAUUAGUAUUCAUAAAAUGAGACAUUGUUAGAUAAUAUUGCUACAAUAACUUGAUUAUCUUUAUCAAAACUAAGUGAUAAACUUGAGUAACCUUAAAGGUGUUUAAGUUCCUGCUGCUUAUUCCUUAAUCCGUCUGCAGUAGUCUGUCAGAGGUUGGAUUAUUGCUGCGCUAUCUGACUUAAAUCCUACAUUUGAUCAGAUGUGGUUUUAAACGCAGAACAGUUACUUAUUUAUACAAGAGUACUACAGCCAACUACAGUGUAAUUUGUGUAAUAAACUCCUUAAUAAAAAUUUAUUUUAUCAGUAAUUCUAAGAAAUUUUAGCUAAUUUCCUUGAAAGGUUUAACUUUGACACAAAGGUUUCGGUCCUAUCAGCCAAGCUGAUUAAAUCAAAUGAUAUGAAAAACACUAAGCUUGAAUGACCAAGCACUUUUUUCUACUUCUUAUAGUAAAACCUGAUUAGAAGAGAGUGAGGAAAAUAAACCUUAAUGUAUCUAUCUUGUGUGUAUAUACAGAAAAAAGCCUUUGCACUUCAUGAACAUAUAUAUAUUUUUUUACAUUAUUGUAUGCAAAAGUUUAAGACAGAUGAGCUAUUGCCCAAUUAGAAUUAUUCCAGUUUUAUUCUGGUAUUUUCACUGAUGAACUUAAAACCCCUGAAGGAGGAAUUGCUUUUCUUCUGUUUAUUUUUGAUAUGAGAAUACAGGAAACUGAGGAUAAAGUGUUUUUGUAUUCUCUGUGAAGCCUGUUGUGAUUGUUAAAAGCUUCCAUCUGUAAUGUUUAAAUCUAAUUAUUUUAUCUAUUAAAACAUUUAAGAUCCCUGA